AUGUUCUCCUCCAUCUCUAAACUCUCUCUUCCUUCCACUUCCACCAUCUCAUAUUGCACUAAUCGUUCCAUUGAUCUUUUCUCUAAUGAUGCUCCUACAAAUGCCUUUCCAUCCAAUGGUUCUUUAGCUAUUCCUGACGCUCUUGUUCUGCCUAUUGAUUCUAUUCUAUUACCAUCUUCUGAGAGUACUGAUAUUACUCAUUCUUCAGAGUCUCCUCCUUUUUCUAGCAGUGACUCUCUUGAAGCUCCUUUUGUUGUCCCUCUUUCGAAACGGCAAGUAAUAGAAGAUGAGUUACAGGCUUUACACAAGACACAUACAUGGGAUAUGGUUGCUCUUCUUCCUAGAAAAACUCCUAUUGGUUGUAAAUGGGUCCAUAAAAUCAAAACUCAUUCGGAUGGUACAAUUGAAUGUUACAAAGCCUGUUUUGUUGCAGAAAGCUUCACUGAGGAAUAUGAUGUUGAUUAUGAGGAGACAUUUGUUCCUAUUGCCCAUCUUAUAUCUGUUCGCGGUUCACUUGUUGUUGCUACCUCGUCCAGUGGGGUUUAUCUCAGAUGGAUGUCAAGAAUACUUUUCAGCCUUCUCUAG